AUGAGAGCGAUUGUCUGCCCCCGCGUGCCGAUUGCGCCUUCCGAACUCGUCUACACGACCACUCACCCGACGCCGCAGCCGAAGGCGGGCCAUGUCCUCAUCCGAGUGAAGGCGUACGGGCUGAACCGCUCUGAGCUCUUCACACGCCAGGGCCAUUCGCCCGGCAUCCAGUUCCCGCGCGUGCUCGGCAUUGAGUGCGUUGGGCUCGUGAAGGAUGCGGGCGGAGGGAGCCACUGGAAGGAGGGUGAUGUGGUGGCUGCCAUCAUGGGUGGGAUGGGCCGUCUGUUCGACGGUGGAUACGCCGAGUACGCCCUCAUCCCGCACACAUCUGUCUCUCCACCGAUCAAGUUGCCGGAAGGCAUGGGAUGGGCCGAGUUUGGCGCAAUUCCGGAGACAUUCUUGACCGCUUGGGGCACUCUCAGCGAGUCCCUCCACCUCCGUCCCACAGACACCCUGCUCGUCCGCGGUGGUACGACCAGCGUGGGACUGGCCUGUGCCGGGCUCGCUAAAUCCGCUCUCUUCAGUACGGACCGCAAGCCUACCGUGAUCAGCACGACGCGCAACAAGGCUAAGGUUGACGCGGUCAAGGCAUCAGGUGCCGAUGUCGUCCUCAUCGACACCGCAAACUCAGUCGAAAAACAGGUCAUGCAGGCUACGGGCGGGCACGGCGCAGACAAGUGUGUCGAACUCGUUGGGGGAACGACCAUUAGCGACUCGGGCGCCAGCCUCGCUCCGGACGGUGUCGUGUCGUUCGUCGGCUGCGUGUCUGGCGAGUGGACGAUCAAGGAUUUCGAUCCGAUGACGGUUUUGGCCCCUAGGAAGCAUUUGACAUUAUACAGUUCGCACGGGCUGGACAUCUCCAAAGCUCCGCUGCAGUGGAUUGUCGAUGCCGUUGCACGUGGGGAGCUGAGCCUCGGGCUCGACAAGGUGUACAAGAUGGAGCAGACCGGCGAGGCUCACGCGUAUAUGGAAGCGAACGCGGCGUCUGGAAAAAUAGUGUGUCUGGUCGAUUAA